AUAAAAAUAUGGCUUUAAGUGUCCUCUAUAGAUGGUGAAGACCGCAGGCCGCUAAGAUCUUUCGUUAAAAAGUUAUUUGGAAAACGGCAACCGGCACGACCUUUCCGUUUCGAUAGUAGCUCUGCAACCUUGACACCAAGACAUAUAGUCUUCAUCAUCAGUGACCUCUGUUGAUGAAUAUCAAUAUCAACACCGAAACGAACAUGCCUCACGAUUCGGGGUGUUCGGUUCUCGGUUCUGCAGGAGGAACUGGAACCGCGGUUCUGGUUCUGUGAAUAGACGGUUCCUUUUUUUGGAACCGAGACUUUUUAAUCGUGGAUACUACAGUUUUAUUUCGAGAAAGCCACAUUUAGCGUUCAUAAAGUAUACUUAUGCGCAACUUCUUUUACACGAGAUCUUCUAUACCUCGCAAGUUAAUCGUGAUUCAACAAAGAUAGAGAUGUGUUAUUCGAGAAAAUGAGUCAGCUGUUAACUUAAUAAUUUGUCUGAUCUUAAAACUGUUAAAAUCAGACGAUAGAAAAGUACAGAAUUGAAAGAAAAAGAACGAGUGUGACUGGACGAUUAAAUUUAUAUUUCUUUAUGAACUAUAAAACGGAAGGGCGAAACAAUAAUUCCUUCUUUUCUUUCUGCCUUAUCUUUUUGUGUUGCCUUUCUUUCAACAAAACGAAAACACACUAUUGACAAAGUUAUAAAAGGAUUUAUUGGCCUGCCAUCAUUUAAAAGAAUCCUUUCUUUUACUAUAAAAUGAGUUUUAUUUCGUUGAAACUGCCUAAAAAGUUCUUCUUCGGUUCUAAGCUAAGAACCGGAACCGCGGUUCUUUUCGGUUCGGUUCUAACUCGAGAACCGAGAACCGAAAAUCCUUACUCACGAUAUGAUCUUCUUCAUCUUACUGUCUUGCAACAUGUAUAUUGCACGCUCUAUUCGUUCUAGAUCUUCUAUGUUCUACUUGCCUAUCGGUGAUCCUACCAUGACUACAUCAAUAUGUUGGAUGCGAGGGGGGUCUUUCAUCGUCUUCAUACUGUUAUUCCCAUUCUUGAUUCUAUGUAGACCUCUACUAGAUUCUAGUCUUGAUUUGAACGAAGUAGUUUAUCAUGAUGAACCAUCCGCAAUCUUCCUCGGUUCACCUUCCAUUGUUCGUUUGUCAUCAGGUCGUCUGUUAGCGAGUCACGAUUUCUUCGGUCGUGGAUAUGGUUCACAACCCAGAAAUGUGUCAGUAUAUGGCAGUGAUGAUGGUGGUCAAUCGUGGUUAUUUCUUUCAUAUAUACAACACAGUUAUUGGACGACAUUAGCAGUAUACAAUGGUACGAUCUAUGCUAUUGGUACUGACAAUGACAUUAAUGGUAACAUUAUCAUACAUCGCAGUGCUGAUAAUGGUGCAUCAUGGAAUUAUAACAACAGUGAUGAUGGUGUGAUAUUGUUUCAUGGUUCAUUUGCAACAGGUCCCACACCAAUUGUGGUUGCAAAUCAAGUCAUGUAUCGUGCUAUAGAGUAUUUCCCAGCACCGCAUCGUUGGCCGGCUGAUUUUCAAGCUGCCAUCAUCAGUUGCAAUCUGUCAUCAUACAGUAGUGCAGCAGCUGAUCCAGUUAUGUCUCCCAGCAACUGGCGGUUGACUCCUCCAGUAGUAUUCGAUAAGAAAUGGUUACCAUCACCAUAUCCUAAUCUAACAGCGCCUGGCUUCUUAGAAGGCAACGUUGUCAUAUUAUCUGUGCCACCAUCAGCAGGAGUAUCACAACAACAACUGCGUGUAUUGAAUGUGUUACGAUUCAACUCAGAUCCGUUAGCCAAUCUUGCUAUCAUCUUAGAACUAAACCUCACAACUUACACGCUGUCCUUCGUUUCACUGAUCGAACUCCCUGGUGGUCUGAGUAAAUUCAGUAUACGAUAUGAUCCCAUCACUCGCACAUAUCUAACCUUGAGUAAUCCUGUCACAUCACGCACGGAGACCAGCCAACGCAAUAUAUUAAGCUUAUCCUACACUAAUGAUGUAGUGGGAUUGAGUGAAUGGCAUAUCAUCUCUGAUCGUUUGUUAUACGAUGACACUGGUUUGACCGAGAAUGAUAGUCUUCGCUACACAGGCUUUCAAUAUGUUGAUUGGCAAUUCGAUACAUUGUCAUCAUCUGUCGGUAAGGCGAGUUGUAUUGAUUGGAACUGUGAUGGUGGUCCCGAUAUGAUUUAUCUGAUUCGUACGGCGUAUCGUGGUGCGAAUUCUUACCAUAACUCCAAUCGUAUCACAUACAAGACGUUACACAACUAUCGUGCCUUGAUUAAACACCAUCAAACAAUGUCAGCAUAA